AUGAGGAUUGCAAUAUCUGAAGCAUUACCUUACACAGUGCACCGUUUCUGCAACUUUCACAUCAGCAAGAACCUGGAUGACAAGUUGUCCCUAUUCUUCGCAGUAAGAGGGACUCUGAAGGAAGAACUAAGAGCGGUUAUAAGGAACUCAUUUACUCCAGAGGAAUUCGAAAAUAGCUGGCAUGAUCUACUGGAGCGUCACAAUGCUUUGGGAGAGCCACACCUGGACAGGAUAUAUGACAUCAGAGCUCAGUGGGUCCCAGCAUAUUUCAAAGAGAGAUUCUUCCCAUUCACUUCAUCGACGGGGAGAAGUGAGAGCACAAACUCCUUAUUCAAACACUAUGUAAAAAGGAAGGACUCGAUUGCAACAUUCUUCAAGGAGGAAGCAAUGAAAAUCUACACAUACCCAAUAUACGGCAAGUUUGCUGAAGAGCUAAGGAAGGGUACUGCUUACAACAUUGAAGUUGUGGAAGAGAAGAGAUUGUACAGAGUUAUUAGGGUGGCAAACUAUAGAAAUGCAGAGUUCCCCAGAUUAAUAUAUGUGGUUACUGUUUCCUCUGAUGACGAUGUGUACAGAUGCUCGUGCUCUAAGAUGGCUCGCGAUGGAAUACACUGCUGCCAUGUCAUGAGGGUGGCUAGUCAUAUUGGUUUGACUGAGCUUCCUGUCAGUUUCAUCAACCCUAGAUGGACUACUGCAGCUGGGAUAGAGGUAGCGCGAUUGACGGAGAGAAGAAGCAAUACAGCAUCACAGAACACACACUUGGCUGUUAGACACGCGAUUGAAAUGAGCAAAAUAUCACACAUACUAUCUACUGUCUGCACGGAUGAUAGGUCAUACGACUUGUUUGCUGAAGGAGUUGCUGAGCUGAAGAAAGCUAUAUGCAAAGAUGCAAUGGAACGCCUCCAGACGAAAGAAAAAGUCACACGUAAGAGAAAAAAAGUUGAUGACCCAGUUCAACAAGAUACUGACAAUAUGCGUCAUGAAGAUAGAGAAGACAACAAUCAUGGACACAACAAUGAACAGAUAAACCAUGAGGAGAAAAAUUCAAGUGACGAAGAAAAAAAUGAAGAUGAGCAUCGCACUUAUAAGGAUCCACCACAGUCAGGAAAACCAGGGUUCAACCUAGGUGAAAGACCUAUGAAUUUCCAUGAGAAAUGUGCUGCAAAACUAAAGAAAAAGGCUGCACCAAGAUUGUGUGGACUUUGCAGGUUGCCUGGACACAAGAGACCAAAAUGCCCAGACAGAGACAAGGUUGGCAUGAGCAUACCAGGAAUGGAUUCCCAAAAAGAAGAAGGGAACCCAUGA